AUGCUCUUCAAUGGAGAGGGUGAAGCUUUCAACGUUGGAGACUUCCUUCUCAGCAUCUCGCCCCACGCAUGGGCUAGCACGGGUAUUGGCCUUUGCAUCGGUCUCUCGGUCGUCGGAGCUGCAUGGGGUAUCUUCAUUACCGGUGCCUCAAUCCUCGGUGGUGGUGUCAAGGCUCCCAGGAUACGAACCAAGAACUUGAUCUCCAUCAUUUUCUGCGAAGUCGUCGCCAUCUACGGUGUCAUCAUGUCUAUUGUUUUCUCAGCAAAGAUGGCCUCGGUUGGUCCCGAUGCCGCAAGAUCUGGCAGCAACUACUACACUGGUUUCGCCUUGUUCUGGUCUGGUCUCUUGGUCGGUGCUUGCAACUUGGUCUGCGGUGUUUCUGUUGGUAUCAACGGUAGUAGUGCUGCCCUUGCUGAUGCUGCCGACCCCAGCUUGUUCGUCAAGAUUCUCGUCAUUGAGAUUUUCAGUUCCGUCCUCGGACUCUUCGGUCUCAUUAUCGGUCUUCUACUCUCUGGUCCCGCUGCCGACUUUGCCUAA